AUGGCAGAUCCGUCCACCCACAAUGGCCAACAAGCGCCCACUACAGAAGCCUUUCCCGUGUCCGUUUCUGGCAGCACGACCAGACCAGAAUCUCCGACCGGGAGCAAUGUCUCGCAGCGGCCUGUUCGCACAGACGCAGCAGGGAGCUUAAAUGCGCUGGAAUUGCGACAUAUUCCCACUCAGAGCGAUACCGAGCUGGACGAUCUCUCCUCGAAUUCCUUGUCUUCUUCGGAAUGCCGAAUCGUUCCCUAUCGGACGGUCACCCGAAGCACCACGAGCGAGGUCCCGCGCAAGGGGCUCUGGGGGGACAUCCACUGGUUCUGGACACACAACGUGGUUUUGACAGAGCCGCAGAAGAGUAACCGUGAUCAUUUUGCAUUGGAGCGAACAUUCUUAGCGUACGUUCGGACUUCCGUCACGGUUGCGAUGCAAGGGGUCCUCAUCGCUCAGCUGUUUCGCCUGAGGCACUCUCCUGCUGACGAGGGGCCUCUGUCUUAUUUCAGCGUCGGGAUCCCCUUGGCCGUGACUUGCCACUGUGUGGCUAUUCUGAUCGCCUUGAUGGGCGCACAUCGCUUUUGGACGCAGCAGAGCGAUGUGGCCUCUGGCAAGGUCCGUGCUGGAGGAUGGGAAUUGAAUGGGAUCGGGCUGCUCAUUGGUCUACUCAAUCUCGUCCUCUUUCUACUGACGAUUGUUGUAAUGGCGACUGGUCAUCAUUGA